AUGAAGCAAAGAAAAAUUUAUUCCUUUGGGUUUUGUCUGUUUUUGUCUUUGAUCCAAUCGAUCGACACAACCCUUUGUCUCGCAAAACUUGUACCGGAUCAAAUUCGUUUAGCAUUUGCUGGUGAUCGUGGCGCUAAUAUUGGUUGGCAUUCGUUUGGCUGUCCAUUAUCAACAUCAAAUCCAAAUCCGACUCCAACAGUCAUCUAUGGUUUCUCAAAAACAAAUCUCAAUUUCACUUCAAUCAAUGGAAAUUCCAGUUUUUAUGAUACGAGAAAUCCCUUGAGAAUUUCCUGGUUUUAUCAUGUUCAAUUGCCAAAUCUUCAACCAUCAACGCUCUAUUAUUAUCAAAUCAAACAAUCGACAUAUGUUUCCUCAUCAGAUAUUCUUUCAUUUCAAUCUUCUCCAAUCGUUGGAGAUCAAAGUCGACCAAUCAAUUUGAUAACGUACGGUGACUUUGGUGUCGAUGGUUUAGUGGAAGAUCUAGUUAAUGGUCGACAUUUAUUCGAACGUGCAUUAGGAGCUUUACAGAAGAUGUUACCGAUGACAGAUUUCUUCUUACAUCAUGGUGAUAUUUGUUAUGCAGAUGAUUCUCCUGAAGAUUUAUUCUUAACAUAUGAAGAAGCAUUUAAUUAUUGUCAAUCAAUGAUGACAAACAUCACAAGUUCACGUUUUUACAUGACAACUGUUGGUAAUCACGAAAUCAAUUGUACAGAAAUACCAAAAGUCGAUCAAUUAUGUUCAUCUGUUCAUCAAAAUCAAAUUCCAUAUUCUCAUCGAUUUCAUAUGCCAAGUGAACAAUCAGGAGGAUAUUUGAAUUCCUGGUAUUCAUUUAAUUAUGGAUUUGUACAUGUUAUUUCACUUUCAUGUGAAUCCGAUUUUCCAAAUUCUCCAUCUGGAAAUCUUCUUGACACGACAACCCAAAUCAAUUGGCUGAAAAAUGAUUUAUCUCAUGUUAAUCGAAACGUUACACCAUGGCUUAUUGUUCAAUGCCAUCGAGCAUGGAAAGGUUCAGUUGCUAAACAAGAUAAAGCUGAACAUGGAGUUAUCAAUUGUCCUUCGUGUAAAGAUGCUUUUGAAUCACUCUUAAUUCAGUAUAAUGUCGAUAUUUAUCUUGCUGGACAUGUUCAUUGGUACGAAAGAAUUUGUCUCAAUGGUGUAGUGAAUACAACACAGUAUGUGAAUCCAAAUGGUCCUGUUUAUUUGAUAAAUGGUGCGAUUGGAAGUCCUGAAGGAAAUGAUAAAUUAUCUCAACGAUCAAAUGAAUCGUGUUUUCUUACAACUGAUCCGGGAUUUGGUUAUUUAACAAUCAAUGAUCGAAAUCAUGCGACAUUUACUUAUUAUCGCAUAUCUGACAUGGCCAAACUUGAUCAAAUUGAUAUUAUCAAAAAUCGAUGA